AGUGUCAUGCACAUAUAAAUACCAUCACAUCCCCAUUCUCCUCUCCACCAAACCAAGCUAAACUAUUCUUCCUUCAGAAGGCUAAUUCCAGCAUUUUCUAAAGAUGGCUACGAGUAUUACUAGAUUGUUGGGGAACAAUAGACCUCUUGGUCUCGGUACAUCUUAUGCGUUGAGUUCCAAGAAUAGAGGAACAGAAUCUGCUACUUUUAGCUUGGUAAGCAAGAUGGGGUUUCAAGGGGAGAAGGUUGCGGUGGCUGGAGGUGGAGAAAAGAAGCCGAUAAUGGCAGUGAAGGCGUGUGUUGGGCUAGUGGAGAGAAUUGCCACCUCCAAAACGCAGACGAGUGAUGUUGUACAUUUAUCUUUUAUAUUGGCCAACGUUAGUGCUUUGGUUUUACAUGGUCUGAAGAUGGUUACUGAACCAAGGCCUUGGAGAUCGCAUAUUCAGAUGUUAAUUGAAAGGGUUGUCAUCGACACCCGAUUCUUUGCAAUGUUAGCUGUAGCAGGGAGUUUGCUUGGUUCAGUAUUAUGUUUUUUGGAGGGUUCAUUCAUUAUCAUAGAGUCGUAUUUACAGUAUCUUCAAGCUCUGUCACACGGGUCAGCAUCAGAACAUGGUCAUCAUAUAAUGCAUCUACUAAUUGAAGCCAUGGAUAUGUAUCUAGUGGGAACAGCAGUGCUAAUAUUCGGGACAGGAUUGCAUGUAAUGUUUGCAGGAACACCAAAUUUAAAAGCAAAAGGAGCCUCUGUUCUUCCAAGAUCAAACUUCUUUGGCCUUUUCGAACUCCAGAAACUACCUUCGUGGGCUGGCAUGAACUCGAUAGGGCAAGCGAAGACAAAAAUAGGACAUGCACUGAUGAUGAUACUACAAGUCGGAGUGAUGGAGAAGUUCGAGAGCAUACCUCUGGCAACUGGACUGGAUCUAGCCUGUUUCGCAGGAGCUCUUUUCAUUUCCUCUGCUUCCAUCUUUCUUCUUGCAAGACUGACUUCUUCGGCUAUUGCUUCUGCUGCUGCAUCAAAUCAACAAGUAGCCCAGGAAUCUAUUUAAACUAUAGGAAAAGAUGGAUUAAUCACCACAAUAUAGUUACUAAAAACAAAUGUAUAGUUAAUUUAUUGUUACCACAUUCUUUCAAUAUAUUCUUUGCCACAGUAUCAGCAUGUAUAUAGCAUUAGAGAAGAGUUUUGUAAAGGACUUGAGCCCCUCAUCGGUAAAAUGUAGUUAAAGUAUAUGAUGAAUCUUGUUGUGUUAAUCAUUUUAUUUCCUAUU